UGAGAUGAAGGGUAAGAGCACUGCACAGUCCAAAUAGAAAAUUGCCAGUGAGUCUGACAAGGAAACAGCAGCGCAGCGGAGUGAGCAAUGCCGGAGCUUCCAGAGGUAGAGGCGGCGAGGAGGGCCGUUGAGUAUAACUGCGUCGGAAAGAGGAUAACAAAGUGCGUUGUCGCCGAUGAUUCUAAGGUGAUCCAUGGUGUCUCUCCCUCCGACUUCCAAGCUUCCGUCCUCGGCAAGCUCAUCGUCGCUGCUCACCGUAAGGGAAAGAACAUGUGGCUUCAACUUGAUUCUCCUCCUUUUCCUUCCUUCCAAUUCGGUAUGGCUGGUGCUAUAUACAUUAAAGGAGCUGCAGUAACAAACUAUAAAAGGUCUGCUGUAAAAGACGAGGAUGAGUGGCCCUCAAAAUAUUCAAAAAUUUUCAUUGAGUUAGAUGAUGGUUUGGAGUUGUCUUUCACUGACAAAAGGCGAUUUGCUAAAGUUCGUCUGCUCAAAGAUCCGACAUCAGUGCCUCCCAUAUCCGAGCUUGGUCCUGAUGCACUUUUCGAACCUAUGACACUUGAGAAGUUUACGGAGUCUUUGCACAAGAAGAAAACUGAAAUCAAGGCUUUAUUACUUGAUCAAAGCUUUAUUUCAGGUAUUGGAAAUUGGGUGGCAGAUGAAGUGUUAUACCAAGCAAGAAUUCAUCCGCGGCAGGUGGCUUCUAGCCUGUCUAAUGAAAGCUGCUCAAAUUUGAGCAAGUGCAUUAAAGAGGUUAUUCAUUUGGCUGUUGAAGUUGAUGCCGACUGUAGCCGUUUUCCUCUUGAAUGGUUAUUUCAUUUUCGAUGGGGAAAAAAGCCUGGAAAAAUAACAAUUGAAGUUGGAGCAGAAAGUAGUCAGUAUCCCACCAAUUGGAUAUUUCAUUCACGUGAAAAGAAGCCCGGCAAGGCUUUUGUUGAUGGGAAAAAAAUUGACUUCAUCACAGCUGGUGGCAGGACAACUGCUUACGUGCCAGAGUUGCAAAAGCUAAGUGGAUCUCUAGAUGUAAAAGAAACUGGUAAGCCUAAUAAAAGGCAAGCCUCAAAGAAAGUAAGGGUAGAUGAUGACACUGAAAAACCAACAAAUGGGGAAGUGGACGAUUUGGGAAGUGUCAAAUCAAAGAAGGGGACAAAGGCUGGAGCUAAAGGUAGGAAGCCUUCAAAAAAGAAAAAGUCAGGGGGAAGUGAUGAAGACAAAGAUAGUAGUGAUGUUGGUACUGAUUAUGAUAGUGAUCAAGUUGAAAAGAAGAAUCCAGGCAACGUGGCUAGUAGGAAACAAGCUGGGGGAGAGAAGCAAUCAAACAGGAGAGUUCAAAGCAAUCAAACUAGUUGGAGUGCUAAAAGGAAAGCUAAGUAACAACUAUGGGGUUUGCAUAGUUUUGUCAUCCACUGUGUUCACACUAGAACAGAAGGAUGGUUAUGUGCCUGCAACUUUGUUUGCUGUUUAAUAUGUUGUCUUUUUGAUCUGUUGGUCGGCUUGUGCAUGAUAAUUUAAUUUCCACAUGUUAAGCAGACAAAUGGAAGGCAAGAGUAGGAUGCCUUCAAUUUUUGUGACUAUUGUUAAUGCUCACUUCUUGUGUACACAAGCCACAAGGUAUUUUUUAUGUUAUGACUCGAGAUGCAAUUUCUUGGACGUCCAUUAUUAAACAGUUUAUCAAUGAAGGUCACAACGAUUUUGCUUCUAA